AUGCUCGAUCUACCUCAGGAAAAGCUCAGCCGAGACGAGAACUGCCGUGCCUGUGCGACCCCCAUGACCUCUGCAGCCCCCACCCAGUCAGGAGCUGUCGCAACCUACCAAGAAUUGCUAAAGACUUCUGGCUGGGACGAAGCGUCGGCUGUUCUUGAAGUGGCUGAUGCUGCCCUCGAAACAGUCUAUGAUUCUCCUGCAGUGACAGAUCCAGCCCAAAGCUCUUUUAGCACGGAUCCUGUCGCCAACUUUGACAACCGUUGGAUUCCUGGUGUCUAUAGAGGCGCUCACCAUUUGAGUGGGAAUUCAACAGGCACCCCAGGAGGUACCGUUCAGCGCUUCACUGACAAAGAUCACGCUCUUGCCGCAUACCACGCCGCCGUCAUUGCCGGAAAUGCUCUGGAAGUUACAGUUACCACUACUCGUCGUGUCAUCAUGCCCAGUGAUCCCGUUACUAUUGUAGAUUAG